GUGGGCAGCAGCCCGCGCACCCGCCCGCCGCCCUGCGGUCCCGUCGCCGGCGCCAAACCGGCUCCCGGAGCUGCCCGGGCGGCGGGCGAGGGGCGAGCGGCUUCGGCGAGCCCGAGGCGGUCCCGGGCCCGCAGGUCUUCCUGUCUGUUCCCAGCACUCUGCUAGGCUAGAAAAGGAGGAAGCUGUCCAGAAUCCCUGCAGGGCAGGGUAAGGAGGGGAAAUCUCAACAUGGAAAACCUCUGCACUGAAAAUGAAGAAAUGCUUGAGAACCAAGGAAAGAUGGGAAACAAAGAACAGCCACUGGAUAUGAGAAAGCCCGAAGUAGCUUGUAGUCUGGAAGACAAGGAGAAGUUAGAAAAGGAGGGACAGACAGAUCACAAGGGAAAGACAGAAGACGAGGAAGUACUAAAGGAUAAGGAGAAGCCAGAGAGUGAGGCAAAGCCAAAAGAAGGAGGAAAAGCAGAGAGCGGAGGAAAGACAGAGAGCCAGAGAAAGCCAAAAGAAGGAGGAAAACUAGUGAGUGAGGGAAAGCCAAAAGAAGAAGAAAAGCCAUCCAGCGAACCAAGGGCUGCAGGAAAGCGCCCAGCUGGGGAUGAUGUACCCAGGAAAGCCAAGAGAAAAACCAACAAGGGGCUGGCUCAGUGCCUCAAGGAAUAUAAGGAGGCCAUACACGAUAUGCAUUUGAGCAAUGAGGAGAUGAUAAGAGAAUUUGAUGAGAUGGCUAGGGUGGAGGAUGAGGUGAAGAAAACCAGACAGAAAUUGGGGGGCUUUAUGUGGAUGCAAAAAAGCUUACAGGACCCCUUCCACCCGAGGGGCCCAAGGGAACUCAGGGGUGGUUGCAGGGCCCCACAAAGGGGCUUCGAAGACAUUCCUUUUGUGUAGUACUCUGGCCUGCAUGGGCCAGGCCCUGUGCUUUAACCUUAGGCUAAAGGUGUCACUCUUGUUACCAGCAGCCUUUUGAUCCAACUACAGUGCUCUAUCAGUAGGGGAUUUUCACCCUUGUGCAUUGCAAAGACGUUAUGAUUCUUGGAAAAAUAAAGCAGCUUACAGAAUCA